CGCUUUUUUCUCACCGUAGCAAAACCCUCAAAAAACCUCUGGGUGGCAAAUUGCCAAAUAUAUCACGGAGAGUGUUGUAAAACGAAGAGGAAGAAGUUGCUGAACUCCAAUGGCGGCCAAGAACCAGCAGCACAGUAAACAGAAGAAGAGGAAACAAAUCCCGGGUCCUAAGCCUGACGGCAAUAGCUCCGGUUCUAAGAAACCCAAGCUCCUCCACUCGAAGCCCUCAAAUCAUCCCAGUAAGGAGUCGAAGAAACCUUUCAAACCUCACAAACACAAACAAUCCGAACCUGGGAAGGAGAAUAACGCUCCUAUGUCGAAGCGAGAGCGCCGUCUCCAUGCCAAGGAGCUUUCUGAGGCCAGGAAGAAGAAGAGGAAGCGUCAUUACAAUUUAGAACAAGAGCUUGCCCAUAUGUGGGAAAAAAUGAGGCGUCGUAAUAUUGCCAAAGCAGACCGAUCCAAAUUGAUAAGUGAAGCCCUUCAAAAGAUGAAGGGCAAGAUUUCUGAGAUUACAAGCUCCCAUGUUUCUUCUCGUGUUCUGCAGACUUGCGUUAAGUACUGUUCACAAGAUGAAAGGGAUGUCGUAUUAGAGGAGAUCCAGCCACAUCUUCUCACCCUUGCAUGUAACACUUAUGCAGUUCAUCUGGUGAAGCUAAUUCUCGAUCGUGCUUCAGAAAAACAACGGGGAGGAAUUAUUUCAUGUUUUCGUGGCCAUAUUUCUUCUCUUCUUCGUCACAUGGUUGGAUCUGUAGUUAUUGAGCAUGCUUACCAAUUGGGAAAUCCAACUCAAAAGCAAGAGCUUUUGAUGGAGCUAUAUUCUACAGAGCUUCAGUUGUUUAAGGACCUGGUCUCAAUGAAAGAGAGCAGGUUAGCAGAUAUAAUUUCAAAAUUAGAUCUCCAGAAAGGUUCUGUCCUACGGCACAUGAAUUCUGUGAUUCAGCCAAUUUUGGAGAAAGGAAUUGUUGAUCACUCUAUCAUACACAGGGUAUUAAUUGAAUUCUUAAGCAUAGCUGACAAGUCCUCUGCAGCAGAUUUAAUUCAACAGUUGUCUUCUCCACUACUUGUUAGAAUGAUCCAUACUAGGGAUGGAUCUAGGAUUGGUGUGCUCUGUGUCAAGCAUGGGAGUGCUAAGGAAAGAAAGAAAAUUAUAAAAGGAAUGAAGGGCCACAUAUCCAAAAUAGCUCGUGAUCAACAUGGAAGUAAGGUGCUCGUCUGCAUUGUUUCAAUUGUUGAUGAUACAAAGCUUGUAACAAAGGUUGUUAUUCAUGAGAUUCAAGAAAUUUUGGAGGAGCUUGCUUUUGAUAAGAAUGGAUGGCAUAUAUUGCUGCAGCUACUUCAUCCAAAUUGUUUGCGUUAUUACAGUCCUGAUGAGCUGGCAUCUCUUAAUUUCUCUAUACCCUCUCUUUGUGGCAAGAGUGAAUCAGAAGUGGAAUCUUCAAAAGUUAAUGGAUCUAGUGAGGAGGCUAAGAAUGACACGGGAAUGGCAGUGGCUGAGGCCAAUACAAGUUCUGAGCUGGGAGAUAGUCUUCAUGCAGUUGAGGGUGGAAAGAAGGAUCCUUCUAUCCGAAGGCAAGAGUUAUUAGUCAAGAGUGGGCUAGCUGAGAAGCUUGUUGAUGUAUGCAUUGGAAGUGCAGGGAAAUUACUUAGAUCAAAUUUUGGCAAAUAUGUCAUAUAUCAGGUGGCAAUAGGGGGUUCUGAUGGCAUUCUUCAUCAAACAUUGGAUGAAAAAAUAAAUAAAUUACGUAAGACCAUAGCCUUUCUUGUAGGUGAACCUAAAUCAAAAGAGGAGGAACAUCUCCUUGAAAAUUUCCAUUCGACUCGGACCCUUAGAAAACUAAUAUUGGAUUGCCCCACCUUCGCUUCCACCCUGUGGAAUACAGCACUGCAAGGAAAGUGUUCAACAUGGGUUCAAGGUCACAGUUCCAAGGUGAUUUCUGCAUUCUUAGAAUCUUCAGACUCUAAAGUUCGUGAACUUGCAAAAGAAGAGCUGCAGCCCUUCAUAGAUAAUGGUAAACUCAAAAUUGCUGAGACAAAACAGUCAAGUUGAUCACCAUGAGACAGUGACUAAGUUGACUCACAACAAGGGCAGUCUUAGUGAAGGGGACAACAGUGGCCUUUGAAUUUUCUAGUAAUUUAACAUAUAUAAAAAAUGCUAGGCAAUUAAAGUUAACAUUAAAUUUUAAUUAAUAGUUUAUGUUUUUUGCUUGGCUUUUGAAUAUAGUGAGAAUGUUUGGCUUUUGAAGAA